AUGGACCGUAGGAAAAAGUUGAUGGCAACUCCAAGUUGUCGAGGUGUGAGUGGGGUAGACAGAUUUAGUGAUCUUCCAGAGGAAGUUCCCCAUCACAUUCUCUCCUUCCUUACUAUAACAGAUGUUACCCGUUUCGGCUGUGUGUCCAAAAGAUGCAGACAACUUCAUCCGUCAGCUCCUUCGUUGAAAUUUGAAGGAUUUUCGGAGGCGAAUUUAUCUUCCGGGGAUAAGCUGUUAAGGCUGAUCAAUGCUUUGGAUAGCAUCUCUGCUGACAAACUGGUACGCUUAGUUAUUGAUUGGGGAUUUCACCGUUGCAAAAAGGUGUUAAAUAUUACUGCUCCGAAACUUAAAUAUUUAAGGUUGGAAGGGAAUUCGUUGAUGCACCAAAAUCUUGGGGAAUGGAGGUGUUUAGAAAAAACUAAUCUUUGUCUGAGACCUGAAGGGGAUGACAUCAACAUCCUGCCUGAGAUUAUUAGCAGUAUACAAAGUGUCAAAGUUCUUAUUUUAGGGCAUGACACCCUAAAGGCUCUUUUCCAGAAAGGAUCCAGACCAGCAGCUUUAGAUAAUGUUCGUCAUCUGUGUAUGCAUGUCGGAUACAUGCUUGAUGACGUUACCCCAGCAAUGCUCUCUAUUUUGAAAGGAAUUCCUAAUUUGAGUACUUUGUACAUAAAAUCCUAUCCACUCUUUUUCCAUGAUGCAUCUGAAUCAUCAGGUAUAUACUGGAAAUUGCUAAACCUUGCUGCUCUUGAUCAACUGGAGGAGGUAAGCAUAGAGCUUCCUAAUGGGUCUAAUGGAAUUGAUUUAGCAAGCUAUAUGCUCGAGCACACUAAAAGUUUGAAGAAAAUGGUGAUUGUUCAUUCACCCCAACAAUUUGGUGUUGCGAGGGAGUUACGUCAGUUACUUAUAGCAUAUGGGAAGUCCAAUCUCAGAGUUGUCUUGGUGGAAGAUCAAAAGAGAGCAACUUUGGAGGAAAUUAGCAGAAGAGUUUCGACCCCCAGAAUAAGGACAUAG